AUGGUUAGAAUACGUAUGAAAUGUGAUGCACCUAUUUUUACACCAGAAGAUUAUUCAUAUAUUAUGCAGUGUCGUGAUAUAAAACCAAGAUAUAAAAUUUUAAAUGAGUUGACGGAUAAGUAUAAAACAUCAACAAAACGUAUUUAUCAGAUUUGGAGGGGAGUAGAAGCUAAUAGAGUUUUAUGGGAUCAACCUAUACCAUACUCAUAUGAUAAUGUCUCUAAUUUUACGUCCCCAACAUAUCAAAAUACUGAGUGUCAGUGGCAAAGCCACGAGUCUUCGACUCAAGACAUUAGCUCCGCUAAUAUAUCCAAUUCCUCCAUGAAUGUCCUCCAUAUAGAGUCCAAACCUUUAGUCUCAAAGAGUCAAAAUUUAGAGAAUCGCCUAGCAGAUGGCUCUGUUAUAGAUAGUGUAUCAGUAGAGCCGGCACAAUCAAGUAAACGAACAAAAGCAAAGAGAUCCAAAUCUGUUCGAAUAUCAGACUCACCUGUUAUUUCAGAGGACUCAACAGAAAAAAUAGAUGCAGAGACAGUUGCUCAUCUUAGACAUGCUAUAGAAGGAGGUAAGAGAAAUUUAACAAAAUUGGGUUAUAAAAUCGAUGAGACAUAG